AUGCCGCCGUCGUCGUCUCCCGCUCUGCCGUUGAACGUCAGCGCAUCCGGCGCACCGUCCAAGUCGCCUGCCCCGGCGUCUGCCGCUGCCGCCGUCUCCUCCGCGAAGGCGACAACCACGUCCGAUAUCUCGAGUCCCCACGAGCUGACCGCGUUUGUGGAAACGCUUCUGGAACAGCUUGACGCCAAAUUCGACGAUAUGUCUUCUCAGAUUCUCGACCGAAUGAUGCAGAUGUCGACUAGGGUGGAUGCCCUAGAGGCCGCAAUUCAGGAUAUCAUUAACGGGGAUACGGCACCUGGCCCGCCAAGCAUGCCCCAAUCGCCCGCUCUGGCGCAGAGACGAAGUGGCGGUGUUUAA